UGAUUUUAGUGCAAAUUCUCCCGUCAAUUUCUCGUGUGGUUUCUGCCAUGUACGCGUGCCUGAGUACUUACAAAUUUUAAGAACAUAUGUUGACACCUCUAUGCAUAUGAACCAGCGACGAAUGUUCAUCAUGGUGCGCGUGUUACUCGCCUGGGCCUUCGCCCCCGUCGUCCGUUCCUACGAUUCCCAAGCCUUCAAAGCUUCGGAAGAGCAGUUAAAUCGUGUGUGGAACAUACCGGACUGCUCGGACGUCAACGCCGAAGCGGUGGAACAGGGCACGUUCCCCGCGGACUCCGUUUUGUGGAGCGAGGAGAAGCCAAGACUGGCCGCCGAGGCCUACCCAAAGAACCUUCCCGUCGUGACGGACUUGCUAUUCACGAAGAUCCUCGGCGAAGCGCAGCAGCAGGGUUUGGAAGCGAUGCAGAACGUGCUGGCGCAUGCUUCAAACACCUGUUUGUUUGGCGUGUCGACGAUUUUGUUCUUCUACACUAAGUAUUUGACGGAAUUCGAGGACGAUUUGGACAUAUUAAAGAAAAAAACACCAUCACAAUCACUUUUGCACAUUUUUGCAAUACAAAAUUUCUUGUUAUGCGCAAAAAUGCAUCACAGUCAAGAGUUAUUGGUGAUCUCCCUUGGGGUUUUUGCAAUACAAGAAAAAUGUGUCAUGCGAGAGAAAUUUCUGAUGCAAAACCUCCUAAAUGUGAUUGCGAUGGUGUUUUUUUCUUGGAUAGGACAGCGCCUUUAUCUACUACAGCCUAUUCGACGCUUUCUACGCUGGCAGUCAUCCGAGCUUGAACGAGAAGGGUGAGUGGGGCUUUUCCGGACAAGACGUGACAUUAUUGCGGCAACAGUUGUUGGAACGGAAGUAUGAGCGCGGACUGCAGGCAGUGCGAGCGGAAGACGAGAAAAACGGAGACCCGACUGGCGAAAAUGAAAGAUCCAGCAAAACAGAAACAUCUACCGCGGAAGGCGUCAUCUCUGACAACCUCGUGUCCCAGUCCGCGGAACUCUUGACCGCCGCGAACGAGCAGUUGCAUGCCUACACGACGUCUUUCACAACCGCGGUGGAGGGGUUGAGAUUUCACACGAAUGGGAAGCUGGUCGUGCGGUCCAGCGACAACAUGAAGGACUAUAUUAUCAGCCCGGAGAACCCGCUGGUCAGCUCCAGGCUUUGCGAAACACCCCCGUUGACCGGCCCAAUCGACAGAACCAACCCGCCGUGCGACCGGAGCAAAGAGCUGCUCGACCUGCUCCCGCAGACGAAGUAUUUCAAGCAGGACAAAACGAAAAAGAACUCCCAGCUGAAGAUCUACGUGUAUUCUGUGACCGAAAUCCCCACCCUCUUCCACCACCUCGCGCAAGCCGCGUCCUUCUGCGGCCGGGGGCAGUGGGCGUCCGAGGUGCACUUCCACGAUUGGUUGAUGCAGCACGCGAGACUAAGGACGAAAAACCCAAAAGAGGCGGACUACUUCUUUGUGCCGGGGUAUGCAAUUUGCAUUUUCGAGUCCGGGUUCCUCCAGCUCCCGGAAAUCGACCUAGCCUACCGGCAGCUCGUCACCGAGCUGCCCUACUUCAAGCACAACCAGCGAAAACACUUUUUCACCUUCGGCAGCGGCAUGGGGAUCAACGUGUUUUUCUCGUGGCGACAGGUCUUUCCGGAGUCGAUUUUCUUGACGCCGGAAACCUCUCUCUACAACGACUUCCCGCACAUCACGAAAGCCCCGUUCUCCUCCUGGAAGGACAUCGCGAUCCCGGGGUACAUGCACCGCCAGGAAAUUGCGUCGUUGACCGCAGCAGCGAAGCCGGUGGGGGAAAAAAAGUACACCGUGGUGUUUUUCGGCCGCACCGACCCCAGUCGCGGCGUGCACCCGGCGCUGGGGGGAACGGAUGUGCGAAACGAAAUCGUGAGGGUGAUGGAAAAUUUGGAGCAGAAAGAAGACGUCUACGUCGGUUACACCUCGCUGCACGAAAUGCACUUUUUGAUGGGGGAUUCCAAGUACUGUGCUUUCAUCAGAUUCAGUUGUUUCUACACAGUUUCAUUCACAGGCGUACUCGUCUUUAUUUUGUCAGCACUUAUUUGUAGCGUCGGCUGCUACACGAAAACAGCUAGAAUCCAACUUAUGCACUCUAUCCCCAAAGGUUCUGCUUCGUUCCCCGGGGAAAAUCUGCAUGGAGUCUGCGGCUGUACGAGGCGCUGUUUGCAGACUGCAUUCCAGUUCUACUUUCGGACUUCUGGGAGCUUCCCUUUGAAGAUUUCAUCGACUACUCAAAGAUGCUCAUCAAGUGGCCGGCGAAUAUCGUACUUGUUUGUGGUUUUUUUUGCGUACAGCCCAUGCUUGCUGGUUGUACUUUUGCAACCAAACUCAAACUUGUUGCAUGUUGUGUCGCGCAAUCUAUGCCUAAACGAAAACGACUACCAGGUCACGCCUGAACUUGUCGACUAUCUUCGCUCGAUCCCCACCACCGUGCUAGACAGAAUGGUCGAAGAGAUUCACCGUGUCCGCUGUUGGUUCGUGUACCCCAGCGUCCUCGCGGAGAUCCACUAUUCCAACCCGGUCGAGAACAAUCUCCCCUUUCUGUGCCGCAACCCAGAGCAGUUCGCUGGUGACGCGAUAAUCGAGGUCCUUCGCAGGAAGAAUCUCGGUGCGCGCGACGGCUAUCCCGAGAGGGGAAGGGACUUCGCACUGGAGGACGGUUCUGGGGAAACCGAAAUAAAUGAGCCCGCGGAACAAGGAAAGGACACUGCUCCGGUGAAGACAAGGCCAAGCAAGCCCGCUGUGAGUGCCGAAGCUGCCACUGUUGACAGCAGUAGCACAACCCCAGCUGCCGGAACACCAGUGGUGCCGCGGGAGAAAGUGUCGGCGCAGGAACUGAACCUGGAGAGUGGACAAGUCGAUCCGGCGAAGAGACUCGUGAAAAAGGCCAUAGACGAGCGCAUUGUCCGCCAAGCACUCGUUGAAGACGAGACGGAGGUGCCGGAACAGACUUUAGCGGAAGAGGAAGCUAUCGCCGGGGGUAAAAAGACUGCCACAACGCUGUCUUUCUCGAUAAAGACCAACCAGGUUCUCCAAGAUGAGCCUGCAUCAAAAACGGGUAAAGUCGUGAAGCCACCUAGCACCCCCGCCCAAGUGACCGCGACAGCAGUAGAGCAGAAAAAACCUGCCGUAACAACAGCACCGCCGGCAGUGAAACCUCCGCCAAUAGUGGUAACCGACGCAAGUACUGUCGAGGCAAACUGCGCAUCCGCGAAAUGCGGGCGGCAGGAGAGCACUCCAUCACCUGACCUCGUCGUGGACGGUGCGAAAGAUAGACCGACAAAGAAGAAAGCAAGAAAAGCCGAUCCUGAGGUGGGUGCCGGCAUGGAUACGAAAAAAAGUAGUUCGUCGCCAGGAGAUGCUGCAACUGAAAUUGGUAGAACUACGGAAGAAGGAAGCAUACUAGAUUCAGUAGUGAGCUUUUUUCGAUAAUCAAAACAAAACGUAAGAGCGGUGACAGAAUGAAAGACACGGUCGG